AAUUGCCACAUAUAUCCUACUUGAUAAAAUUACAGAAUUAUUUUUAAAAUAUGAAAUUCAAAUCAUUAUAUAUAGUAUUUUUAAGUUUAACUCUAGCACUUGCGGCUGAGUCAACUAGAGAUGAGCAUCACCUUCAUAAUGAGCUGGGUAUGGAAUUGGGACUGGAUAUGGAUAUGAGUGACACCAAGCCCUCCGAUAAUGAUGUGUCUUCUGUUUCGUCGGCGGAUGUGUCUCCUACACCUCAUGUUUCCCAUCAUCACCACGGAGUCCCCAUCCUUGAAACUAACUUAUUACCUGCUGAAAGGGCAUACUGGGAAGCCUACAACACUACUACAUUUCUUACUUCUGGACAGGGUAACAAAACCAGUCUUUAUACACAUAUCUUAUCUCUCUUAACUGCAGUUAUAUUCAUAUAUCCUCUCGUUAUGGUUGCAAAAAACGUUGGAUCUAAACGAUUUCAUAUCCCACUUUUUACAUUAUAUUCAAUUUUGAUUAUAAUUGCAAUUCUUUCACUUUCAAUAUAUGGGAGGAAUGCUCCUGAUUUAUACCCAGGAAAUGCAUAUUAUAAGAUGACAUGGAUUCUUACAUUCACUACUAUUAUUCAAAUUUUCUCCACGGUAUUAUAUUAUUUGAAAUUUUCUUCAUCUAAAAAUUCUAUCUCUUAUGGUAGAAUAAAUGAUGAUGAAGAAAUGCAACAAUUAGCCUCUGCUAGUUCUGAAUCUCCACUUCUGAAUGGAUCAUCAUCAGAUUGGGAACAUUCUGAUCGUUUAGAACUUAAUCGUAUUAUGGAGGAAAAGGCUAAUAAUUCUUCCUCAUCGAUUUUCAAUAAAUUCACAUCAAAUAGAUAUAUUAUGAUGAUUUUAGCCAAACUUGAAAUUCUUAACAAUUGGUUGGGAGUUUCAAAUCUAAUCAUAUUUAAUUUAUUGAAUUGGGGGCAUUUCUUCUUUUUCUUGGCUUAUAUUCCAACUGGUGUUGCCACUGUAUUGGUAUUAGGUAAAGGAGAUACUGUUUUCAAUUUAUUGGCUCAUUUCAUCAAGGGAGGUGUAUUUUUCUCUCUUGGAAUGCUUUCACUUGCUCGUUAUUGUGGAGCUUUUGAAGGUCUUGGUUGGGCUUGGAAUUGUCGUUAUGAUUCUAAUACUAACUCUACUAAACUUUUACCAUUUGUUAGUAUGGAAAUGGUUGAGAGUUCUUUAAUUUUAUUUUAUGGUUGCACCAAUGUCUUUUUGGAACACUUGGCAAACCCAGGUGGUGAAUGGUCUGCAAAGGACCUUCAACAUGCAUCAAUUGCCUUUAUUUACAUUGGAGCUGGUCUUUGUGGUGUAAUUACCGAAUUAAAACUUAAAUCAUGGAAACAAGAAAAAUCUCUUGAAAAAUUAUCAAUUGCUAUUAAAAAUGAUGAUAGUCAAAAUAAUCAUCCUCCAGCUAAUCUUGCUACUAAAUUCAUUCAAUGUUCACCUGGAUUCUCUCCAAAUCCUUUCCCAAUCUUCACCAUCUUUUGGACUGGUAUUUUAAUGUCUCAACAUGCACAAGCAUCCGAAUUAUCUACUGCCAUUCAUGUUCAAUGGGGUAAUCUCUUGGUAUAUGGAACAGUUUUCAGAUUCAUUACUUAUAUCUUAAUGACUUUCCUUCCAAUCUCUUAUAAACUUUUAACAAAACCUUCGAAACCAUUGACAGAAAUUAUUACCAGUUUCUGUUUACUUUGUGGUGGAUUUGUAUUUAUGGAAUCUACAGAUCCAGUUGUUUUAGGGUUGGAAUACAGGGGUUUUACUGCAAUGUUUACUCUUAAUGUAUCAUUGGGAAUUAUUGCAUUGUUUAUGGCUUGGGAAAUGCUGGUAUUUGCUUUUAAGGAUUGGUUAAAGAAAAGAGUUUAAGUGGUUACUAAUAUAAUUAUUCAUGCUAUUUAUGACUGCUACUUCAAUUAACUUGCUACUUUAAUACCCCUCACAUAGUAUAGUUAACAUGUUUUAUUAUGCCGUAAA